AUGUUGAAGGACGAGAACGGUCGUCCGUUUAUUGUUGUUCGCGAUCAAGGCAGGAAAAAGAGACAGCAUGGAACUGAGGCUGUCAAGUCGCACAUUGUUGCUGCCAAGACGGUGGCCAGCAUUGUGAAGUCCUCUCUGGGUCCCCGUGGUCUGGACAAGAUCCUGAUCUCCCCCGACGGCGAUAUCACCGUUACCAACGAUGGCGCAACCAUUCUCGGCCAGAUGGAAAUCACCAACAACGUCGCCAAAUUGCUUGUCGAGCUCUCGAAGUCGCAGGAUGAGGAAAUCGGUGACGGCACAACGGGUGUGGUGGUCUUGGCUGCGGCCAUGCUGGAACAAGCUGCGGAGUUGAUUGACAAGGGCAUUCACCCCAUUCGGAUAGCCGACGGAUACGACCAGGCCUGCGAUAUCGCUGUCGCAGAGCUUGACAAGAUUAGUGACGAGAUCCCCUUCUCAAAGGACGACACUUCCAACCUCCUCAAAGUUGCCAAGACUAGCUUGGGCAGCAAGAUUGUUUCCAAGUCUCACGACCAGUUCGCCAAGAUUGCCGUGGAUGCUGUGCUCUCGGUUGCGGACCUGGAGCGCAAGGACGUUGACUUUGAGCUGAUCAAGGUCGAUGGCAAGCUGGGCGGUGCCCUCGAGGACUCCCUGCUCGUGAAGGGUGUUAUUAUCGACAAGGACUUCUCUCACCCUCAGAUGCCCGAUGAGGUCGUGGAUGCCAAGCUGGCCAUCCUGACCUGUCCCUUCGAACCCCCCAAGCCGAAGACCAAGCACAAGCUCGAUAUUACUUCGGUCGAGGAGUUCAAGAAGCUCCAGGAGUAUGAGCAGACCAAGUUCGCUGAGAUGGUCCAGCAGCUCAAGGAUUCCGGGGCCAACCUGGUUAUCUGCCAGUGGGGCUUCGACGAUGAGGCCAACCACCUUCUUCUUCAAAACAAGUUGCCCGCUGUCCGCUGGGUCGGGGGUCCCGAGAUUGAGCUGAUUGCUAUUGCCACAAAUGGUCGUAUCGUGCCGCGGUUCGAGGACCUGACUGCUGAUAAGUUGGGUACCGCCGGCCGUGUCCGUGAGAUGACUUUUGGUACUACAAGAGAGAAGAUGUUGGUCAUUGAGGAGUGUGCCAACAGCCGGGCUGUCACUGUUUUCAUCCGUGGUAGCAACAAGAUGAUCAUUGACGAGGCCAAGCGGUCACUACACGAUGCUUUGUGUGUGGUCCGUAACCUGGUUCGCGACAACCGUGUUGUCUACGGUGGUGGUGCCGCCGAGAUUGCUUGCUCUCUGGCCGUGGAGGAUGCCGCUGUCAAGAGCCCCGGUAUUGAGCAGUACGCCAUGCGCGCCUUCGCCGACGCUCUGGAUGCCAUUCCCAUGGCUCUGGCCCAGAACUCUGGCCUGAGCCCCAUCGAGACUCUGGCAUCCAUCAAGUCGCGCCAGAUCAAGGAGAAGAACACCCGCCUUGGUGUCGACUGCAUGAGCACCGGAAGCAACGACAUGAGGGAGCACUUUGCCAUUGACCCUCUGAUCGGCAAGCGCCAGCAGCUUCUGCUCGCCACUCAGCUUUGCCGCAUGGUCCUUAAGAUCAACAACGUCAUUAUCUCUGGUGACGACAACGCUGAAUUCUAG